CUUGGUCUCCUCCGCGACUUCCCCUCCCUCUCCCCCUCCGUCGACCCCUUCACCCACCACCGCGAUGGCACCACCGUGAAUCUCCUCAACGCCCAGGGCUUUCUCCCCGUCCCCACGUCCACGGACAGCGACGUCCUCGUCACCGUGUGGGUCCCGCAAAACUACCCCUUCGCGGCCCCCACCGUCUACGUGUUCCCCGCCGCCCCCUCCGCCCGCCUCCUCCCCGACCACCCCUUCGUCGACCGCUCGACCGGGUUGACCACCUCCCCCUACGCCGACACGUGGCGGUACCCUCUCUCCAACCUCUCCGGCCUCGCGCGUGACCUCACCGCCAUUCUCACGCUGUGCCCUCCUUGCGGCGGCGCGAAUAUCGAGGCCGAGAGGGAUCGAGAGGAGGAGGUGACGGGGCCGUUGGUGACGAGGCUGUGCCGCGACGCAGCUCGGCUUCGCGCCAAAGCGGAGGAGGACAUCGAGCGGCUGUGGGCGGAGCAGGCCGUGCUACGUGGCCGCGCGAGAGCCGUUGAUGCGGCCAUGGAGGAGCUCGAGGAGGAGAGGGAGGGGUUGGAGAGAGCUCUGGCGAGGAAGGUGAGAGACACCCGCGUGAUAUCCGAGUGGUUGGGCUCGGUUUGCGGUGGCGCCAAUGAGUUGAGUGAUGGUGAGGGGUUUGAGGAAGGUGACGAGAUGUCGAGGAGGUUGGUCGCGAACGCAGCGGCGGAGCUCGCCAUUGACGAGACGGUGGAUGCUCUCACCGUGGCGUUGGAGAAGGGUUUGGUGGGCGUUAAAGUAUACCUCAAGCAGGUGAGAGCUUUGGCUAGAGAACAGUUUUUUCACAGGAGAAUGGUGAUACAAAAAUGGAGCAUUUGAAAAGGGUGUCAUAGCGGGACUCUUAAUUGUGACGCACCAGGGAUGUAAAUGGUUGCGCUUUGCUCAUUGUUCUUUUUACAUAGAUUUGUAUCAUUUAUAUGUUAUUUUUUUGUUUGGGUUAAUGAAGCGUGCAUAUAUCUUUGUUUCUUAA